UCCCCGGGCCUUGAUCCUAGUGCCGGACUCUCCGCCGUCGCCGACGGCAGCGGCGGCCUUUCCGGUGCUGGAGCCGCGCCUGGUGCGGAUGGGGCCUGCAUCGGCGCCCGCGACCCGCACGGCGGAGACCAAGACCCGUGCGGCGGCACCCGAGGCCCGUGCGACGGCGCCUGAGGCCCGCGUAGCGGCUCAGCCGAGCCCCCAGCGGAAGAGGCGGCGGGAGGAGUCCGGACCAACGGCGCCGGACCCGGACAUCAGGCUCCCAGCGGCCAAAUGGCGGUAUCGGCCGGCCGUAGGCGCUGCUGCGACGGAGAGAGAACAGGCGCCGGGGCCAGAGCCGAGCCCGCCCGCUGCGACGACGGAGGCCGGCACAGGAACGGCGGAGGCGCCAAUUGACGUGGCGGCCCCUGGGAGAGAGGCGGAGGCGGCGGCCGAGAGAAGGGCACCGACGGAACCUACCCCGGGCGCGGAGAGCCCGGGGCGGAUAACGGUGGAGGCGGAUGUUCUGCCGGGGCCGGCGGACAGGGCGGCCGAUGCAGGAAUGCGGCCGCCGUCCGAGACCUUGGCUCCGGCGGAGCCUACCCCCGGCAGGCAGAGCCCGGGGCGGAUGGCGGUGCAAGGCCCUGCGGAGAGCUCGGCCCCCCUGGAGGCACUCUGCGGAGAAGCCUGGGCCCCACCGGUGCCCGGCCAGCCCGCCGAUCCUUUCCUGGCCGCCAUCGAAGGCGUCCAAGUAGCGGUUGGGCGGCUGGGUGCAGUGGUGGACGCCAAGGCGGAGGAGCUCGAGCUGUCGGCCUUCCGGCCCAUCGAUCCGGGAGGGAUGUGCUUCCGAGUUCAGGUGUCGGGAACUUAA